AUGUCGUCGGGUCGCGUAUCCCCGCUCGACAGCAGCUCGGACUGCAGCACUGCACACAUUCCGAUCUUCCGCUCGCGCAGCGACGACGUUAGUGACACUAGCCCAAACUCCUUCGGUGCCGCAAGGCAAUCGAUUCUGUCACUACCGCUGGCGGCGACCUCGGUCAUGACGCUGCCUGCGUCGGAGGCCUUUGCUUCUGCAAGGAGUGGGCCUACUGCCACUGAUGGGCUACCUUCGUCACGCUACGUACCUACUCCCAACACGGCUCGAGGGCGCGCUGCGGAGGACCAGAAUGGCGCCUCACACAGUGUCACGGUGCCUUCAACGCUGCUGACUCCACUGCCCAAGACUGACGUGCGCACUCCAGCCGCAUCCCAGACGCCGUUGUGGGUCACGGAUGAGCCGAAGAUGCGGCGGCCCAACGGGCUCACCAGCGCCUCACAAGCGAGCGCUGCAGGCCCCGUCGAGCGGUCGUUAUUCGGCCCUUCAGCGGCGUCUCCGCUGCAGAGCCAGCGCCACUCCAAAACGUACAGUGGCGCACCUGAGGCAGCGCCGCAAUCCGCCAUGCCGCGGCAAUCUGCAUUUGUUCCGCUGGUGCCCACCUCACGCGGUGCCGGGAGCGAAUGGCGGCGUGGGACGAUCCCCGUAAACGAGUCGAGUGGCUCAUACGCCCUCCCUCCACUGCCACCUCCCAUGAGGCCACCUUCCAUACAUUCGACAGCGGGCAGUAAAGCCGGCAGCGGUGCUGCUAGUCAGCGUCCGUCGACCUCUGCGCGUGUGUCAAAGGCCUCGGUGCUAGACGGAUCCACUCUUGAUGGUACAGAUACUGCGGCCCAGUCACUAGUGAAAAUGACGGCUGCACCUGACGGCGAGAACGGUUGGUGGGCCGCGGUAAGCAAGGUUGUCUCUGAUCAAAGUGAGCAGGUGAGCACGUAUCUGGAGAGCCUCGUCAAUCCUGGUGGCGUAGCUGCUGCCGCCGCAGAAGCGCGUCCCACGAAUGCGACGCGCACGUCCGAGGACUCGCGACCAUUGCGUAUUCCCACGCGCAAAGGCAUAGUAAGUCGCUCUGCCUCGACGUCUUCUGGCUCCGGCGCCACGUACGAUCUGAGUCGGCGUACCCCACGGGCCCAAACGCCGUUAUCGUCGACCUCCAUCGCAAGCCGACGCGCCGUCUUCGAGCCGUACAACAACAUCUCGCCGAUGCGUCCGGGCGACGCGGCCCCAUCCGACAGCGAGGGGUCUUUUGCCGUGCCACUCGACCUGGUUGUUGUCGACCCGUCGACCGGACCCUGGUGGAAUAACCGGACCACUGCGCAGCCUAUCUUGAGAAUCGCGAACCAGGACCCCAUGACCGACUCCUUCAUAGGCGCUGACAACGUAAGUUGCUCGGAUGUCGAGGGCUACGAUGGUGAGCCGAAUAUGUACGUGGUGGAUCUCCUGUCGGCACUGCGCGGGUAUCAGUCGAACCCGACGGAGCCGUUUGGGCACCUUGUCGCCGCGGCGCUGGCGUCGCGGUCGAAGGAGAUGCCGGUGCGCGGCUUUGAGAUGGCCGCCGCGGAGCACAACCCGUACCUUGUGCGACUGAUUCUCGACUCUGGCACGCUGGACGAGACGGAUUUGGAGGCGCAGCGCAACGUGCAGACCACCAUGGAUGAUCUCUUUUUCACGAAAGACGGGACACUGAAUCCGGCCAUCUACGAGUACCUCACCUCCUUCUUUCGCAUGCCUUUUGUACGGCUCUCGCACACGCAGUACGCCAUGCUCAAGCGUAGCGGCUUCGAGUACAUCAAGCUCAUGUACGACCACCAGCAUGUCCUGCCCGACGAGCCCUUUCACUCCAUUCUUAUUAACCAGUCCAACGUGAUGAGGAUCCUCAACCUGAUCUUCAUGGUGGUGCAGGUGUGCACGAUUAUUUUCGUCAAUGUGGCGAUCGCGCUGGUGCUGGCGAAGUGGGUGGAGCUGAACGGCGGCAAGCUCCAAAGCUAUGCCCUCUACACACUGAUUGUCUUUGGGGGAGGCUGGGCACUGAAUCUGAUCUGCAUCAUCUGCACGGUGCGGAGCCGGCAGGACGAGGCGCAGUACGAACCCAGGCGUGAGGACGAGAGGUACUUGACGGUACCAUCGCCGUAUGUCGCGGUGGUGCCGGUGAUACCGCUUUUUGACAUAUUCUGCCUCAUCGCCUACGUCCGUGCGCUGAAGCAGAAGCGCAUGAUCCUGGGCCAUAACAUAGUUGCCUGCAGCCGCCUCUCCGGCAUCAUCCACGCAAUAAUAUUCGCCUUUCCGCAGCUUAUCACACAGGCGUACUUCAAUAACGUUCAGCUCAGCAUCCAGGUGGAGUGGCGGCAUUGCUGGCCUUAUGUUGUGUUGAUCGUGGCCGCGACCACGCAGUGGUGCGUGGCGCUGUUCGGAUACGCCUGGCUUCUGUUCACGCAUGACUCGAUCGACGGGCUUGGCUUUGCCUGCUUCAACCUAGGCAGGGUGCCCCACGUGCUGGAACGUCACAGCGCCGUAGCGCACGUGCUGCACUACGUGAUGGCGUCGGUGCUCGAGACGAACGUUUUCCUUCUCGUCGCCACCGCAAUCAGACUGUUGGAGGCGGUAUGCUCAUACUACAACAUCACCCUCCUUGUUCUUUCCAGCAUCACGGUCGUGUACAUACUCUCCGUGUACGCCAUCAUUGUCGUGAUGGCGGCGUCAACAGUGCGGAUUAGCUUUAGCUGCGUUCCGCUUGUGAUAAUUCAGGUAGUGCUGCUCAUCUGCUCGGAGCGCGUCGGCGUCGAGGAGUGCGCCUCCUUCCGGUACCUCUACUUUCGUGGCACCUUCAUAUUUGGCUACCUCAGCUGGGGUGCCUACUUCUCGCUGUUUCUAGUGUGGCUGGUCCUCAUGAUUCAGUGGUGCGUGCUGUGGAAGACGGAGGUGAACCUUUUUCCGCGUCUGCUGUGGCCGUUGGCGCGGAAGGACCCACGAUUCACGACGUCGAAGAAGGUGGAUUCGGGCGAUGAGACCUUCCCUACGGACUCAGUGUCCUAG